UGAAGAGUGAUGAGUGAUGUUGUUAGCUAUUCGGCUCCUACUCCUCCCUUAUUAUCUUCUUCUUCUUUUGACGAAUCCCAGCUCUGCUCAACACUGCUAUUCAUGCUCCGGAACGUGUCAUAGCGAGCCGUGCAACUGCCAGAUGGGUUCGUGUCCAUCGAACCAGUGCUUUAUUGAGAAGAAACCUACCGAAGAACGAGGAGUCUUUCGAAUAACAAAGGGUUUGUUGAAAGUUAUAUAA